GCUGCUACCUGCGCACCACCGGGAGAGGCCACCUGAACCGCUUCAGCAUUUCCUUUGGGAUUUCCCGCGGGGAGUGAUGAACUCCAUCGACCCUCAGUCCCAUCACCAGCACCAGCACCACACCUCCCCUACCGUCGGCUCUCUCCCACCUAAAGGCGCCCAGGAGGCCCCGGACAUGGCCGCUGUCUACUGCGACAACUUCAGCAGCAUGUACCAUCAGCAGAGCCUCCAGGGCGCACAGAGACCCGCCGGCUACGGCCUCGGGGAUUACGCAUCGUCUCCAAACCCGUACCUGUGGCUCAACGGACCGGGCGUCAACUCCUCCGCGUCUUACCUGCACGGCAACAACCCGGCGUCGUUCAUCCCGCCGUCCUAUGGCUCGCAGCGGCAGUUCAUAACAAACUCACCUGGAUUCGGCGGGCCCGACCUGGGCUGGCUGUCCAUCGCCAGUCAGGAGGAGCUGCUGAAGCUGGUCCGUCCGCCUUACUCCUACUCCGCGCUCAUAGCCAUGGCCAUCCAGAACGCGCACGAGAAGAAGCUGACCCUGAGCCAGAUCUACCAGUACGUCGCCGACAAUUUCCCGUUUUAUAAGAAGAGCAAAGCCGGCUGGCAGAACUCGAUUCGGCACAACCUGUCUCUGAACGACUGCUUCAAGAAAGUGCCGAGGGACGAGGACGAUCCAGGAAAAGGAAACUACUGGACGUUGGACCCAAACUGUGAAAAGAUGUUUGACAACGGAAAUUUCCGCAGAAAAAGGAAAAGGCGGUCAGAUCCGAGCAGCACAGGAACGGCGGCGGCGGCAGCAGCAGCAGGGGCCACAAAAGUGGAGGACAGCAGGCCAGCGGUGGCGGCCUCACUGAAGCCCUCAGACAGUCCUCAGCUCCUGGGGCCGUCCUCUCCAGAGAUGGAGGCGAUGAACGAAAACCACAAGAGCUCGUCGUCAUCAUCACCACCUGGACUGGCCUCGUCCACUCCUUGUUUUAAUAACUUUUACAGCAGCAUGUCAACGCUCAGUUCGGGGGCCCCCACCCGGCAGGGGUCCCUGGGACUGGUGAACGAACUGUCAAAUAGGAACAUUACGGCCCUGAGCCCAUACCACCCCAGCCACGGUGGACAGGAUGCAGGGGUGUCAGAGCACAAUGAGGGUUUGCAUUUCAACCGUGGAGUGUACUACAACACGUUUGGCAGCGGGCAGAGUGGACAGUUCAACAGUCACUUCUACAACAGCUUCAGUGUCAACAGCCUGAUUUAUCCCAGGGAAGGGACUGAGCUAUAGGAGCCGCUUCAGCACAGCAUCACACUCUUUUAGGGACUCGUUGCUUUGUGAAUCCUCCUGAAAAACACGCGUGUGUACAUACCUGCAUUUCAGCGGAGAGGCCAGAGAGCAGGCUCGGUAGCGGCUUCUCUACAUCAUGAACAUAACACUCCCUUCACUGAUCUGUUCACAGGAGAGAUCAGAGAACAUAAAGUAUUUUAGAGACGCUUGAUUUAACUUGACAAGCACUCAAACUGUGGAAACACCAGCCACAAAGUCAAACAAAAAAAUCAGCACUUAUCUUUGCUCUUCUUUUUUAUUCCUAUAUAAAAGCUCCUACUUUGCUUUUAGUACUAAAAAUGUAUUUGCAAAGUAAGACAAACACUGAAAACUUAUGGUUUUUUUUCUAAUAUUUUAAACAUCUAUUUUACAUUUUUGGCAGUUUCAACAGAAACAUUCCCAAAUCUUAUUGUCAUAUCUACUCUGUCGUGUUUGAGAUUAAAAUGUACGUUUGAUAUUUUGCCAAAUCUAGCCCAUAUUUCUUUGGAGCAGCUAAAUUCUUACAGUUGAUCACACAUGUUGAAACUGCUUAUUCAUAAUCAACACAAAUCUGCCAAAGUUGCCUUUGUGAGACCGCCAUUACCUCAAAACAACAAUCAUAUGAGAUGAAAGUGCCCUGCUACACAGGGUUUACCUGUAUAUUCAGACAGUUUCCAAAUGCAGCAAUAAUUGAUUUAAGACAAAUAUGAUCCGAAACAGGACUCGCCUUAUUCUUAUAUCCUCCAUGUUGACUGAAACCACAGCACUAAGGCUCGUGUAAAUACUUUAUAAAUGUGUAUUUUUGUAAAUUAUAAAGAUAGUUUGUGACUUUUAUUUAUGCUAUUUAUGCUAAUAGGCAUUUUUUUCUACUGUUAUCUGAACAUAGUUUGAUUAAAGCAGAAGUGAAUGAUAUUAGCUUACAAAAUGUGCCGAAAACAGUAUCACUAAAACCCAGACGUCAUAAAUAUAUAUUAAAACUAUAUGCUGUGUCAUGGUCUCUCUCAGGAUUCAAUGUGACAAUCACUGAAUGGCUUUUGUAUCUCUUAUUGUCUUUUUUAUCUUUAUACAGUGCAUACAGCUUACAGGCAGUUUCAACUGUGAUUAUAAAUAAAUAUCAUGUGGUCUCUA